AUUGCCUCUUGGACCGAUCGUUUGUUUGUAAAAUAAUUUGAUCAUCCUUCAAUAUUAUUAAUCGCAUUCCUUCACUGAAUCAAACUUGGCGAUUGAUUUGAUUUUCAACGAUUAAAAUAUUGAAGAAACCCGAUCUUCUUCUCAUUGUGGAUUGACAAGAAACCCACGUUAGAAACCCGCGAAAUUCAGACUUUGACGUGUUUCUUGUUGCCUGCAGUUCAAGAACAAAUUUCGAUCUCUCGAUUCCUCUGUUUCUGUUUUCCGUGGAUUAAGAGUGUUCAAUCGUGGCUGUGUUCGAUCAAACGAAGCUGCUGUAGCGUUGGACAGAUUAGGAAUGGGAUCGGAGCAGUUGGUGGAUGGAGGCGGGCCUCGAUACGUUCAAAUGCAAUCGGAGCCGCCUACGGCUUCGAUGUCGUCGUUCUUCUCGUUUCAUCACGAUGCUCCUGAGCCGACUAGGAUUUUCGAUGAGUUGCCGAAUGCCACAAUCAUUUCCGUUUCUCGCCCUGAUGCCGGCGAUAUUAGUCCCAUGCUUCUUUCUUACACAAUCGAGUGCCAGUACAAGCAGUUCAAAUGGCGCAUGUUGAAGAAAGCUUCCCAUGUAUUUUAUUUGCAUUUUGCAUUAAAGAAACGGGCGUUCAUUGAGGAAAUUCACGAGAAGCAAGAACAGGUUAAAGAAUGGCUUCAAAAUCUAGGAAUCGGAGAUCACACAGCAGUUCCCCAAGAUGAGGAUGGACCGGAUGACGAGGCUGAUCCUCUGCAUCAUGAUGAAAGUUCUAAAAAUAGGGAUGUUCCAUCCAGUGCUGCCCUGCCUAUCAUUCAUCCUGCCUUAGGGAGGCAGCAGUCUAUGUCUGAUAGGGCUAAGAAUGCAAUGCAAGGGUAUUUGAAUCACUUUUUGAGUAACAUGGAUAUUGUCAACUCUCGAGAGGUUUGCAGGUUUUUGGAGGUCUCUAAGUUGUCAUUUUCACCAGAAUAUGGCCCAAAGUUGAAGGAGGAUUAUGUCAUGGUGAAGCAUCUACCUAAAAUUGCAAAGGAAGAUGACGCUAGGAAAUGUUGUCUAUGCCUACGGUUUGGUUGUUGUAAUGACAAUUGGCAAAAGGUGUGGGCUGUAUUAAAACCUGGAUUCUUGGCCUUGUUGGGAGAUCCAUUUGAUACUCAACCAAUGGAUAUUAUAGUUUUUGAUGUGCUACCUACUUCUGAUGCCAAUGGAGACGGACGAGUAUCUUUGGCUAAGGAAAUUAAGGAGCGAAAUCCAUUACGACAUUCAUUUAAGGUGACAUGUGGAAAUAGGAAUAUUAGGAUAAGAGCAAAGAAUGGAUCCAAGGUUAAAGAUUGGGUUGCUGCAAUUAAUGAUGCUGGACUGAGGCCUCCUGAGGGAUGGUGUCAUCCUCAUCGUUUCGGUUCUUAUGCACCACCAAGGGGUUUGACUGAAGAUGGUAGUAAGGCUCAGUGGUUCAUCGAUGGCCUUGCAGCGUUUGAAGCUAUUUCCGUUUCCAUUGAACGGGCAAAAUCGGAGAUUUUCAUUUGUGGUUGGUGGCUUUGCCCAGAAUUGUAUUUGCGGCGUCCUUUUGUUUCAAAUGCUUCGUCUAGGCUCGAUGAUUUACUUGAAGCGAAAGCUAAGGAAGGGGUUCAGAUAUACAUUCUUCUCUACAAAGAGGUUGCCCUUGCUUUAAAAAUUAACAGUGUUUAUAGCAAGAGAAAACUUCUCGGCAUCCAUGAGAAUGUGAGGGUAUUACGUUACCCUGACCACUUCUCUAGUGGCGUGUACUUAUGGUCCCACCAUGAAAAACUUGUCAUUGUUGAUUAUCAUAUUUGCUUUAUUGGAGGACUGGAUUUAUGCUUUGGUCGUUAUGAUACACCCGAACAUAAAGUUGGCGAUUGUCCUCCUUCAGUAUGGCCUGGGAAGGACUACUAUAAUCCAAGGGAAUCUGAGCCAAAUUCAUGGGAAGAUACCAUGAGAGAUGAGUUGGAUCGCAGGAAAUAUCCCCGGAUGCCAUGGCAUGAUGUCCACUGUGCACUUUGGGGGCCACCUUGUCGAGACAUAGCCAGGCAUUUUGUCCAACGCUGGAAUUAUGCUAAGAGAAAUAAAGCCCCAAAUGAGCAGGCAAUUCCGUUACUUAUGCCUCAGCAUCAUAUGGUCAUUCCUCAUUACUUGUGGAAUAGCCGAGAGCUGGAGGUUGAAAAGAAGAGUUUUGACAAUUCUAGAGGAACAACAAUUCAGGAUUCAUUUUCUCGAGGAUCAUCUUUCCAGGAUAUUCCAUUGCUUUUGCCUCAAGAGGCGGAUGGACCCGAUGCUGAAAAUGAAGGUCCAAAAUUAAACGGACUGGUGCCCGUUGGCAGUCCCCUUGAUCAGCCAAGUAAGAUCAGCAGCAGUCUUCCUUUCUCUUUCAGGAAGAUCAAAGUUGAACCCAUAGGACCAGAUAUGCCUCUGAAAGGCUUUGUUGAUGAUCUUGACCAUUUGGAUUCCCAUGGAAAGUCGUCUGGAGAUGGGAAAACACAUCAUCAUGUCAAAAGCUCGGAGUUUGAGUGGUGGGAAAAACAAGAUAGGGUACAUCAUGGUGGCUUCACAGAUGAAUCUGGACAAGUUGGUCCAUGCGCUUCAUGUCGUUGCCAGGUCAUAAGAAGUGUCAGUCAGUGGUCUGCUGGGACAAGCCGAACUGAAGACAGCAUUCACAUUGCAUAUUGCUCUCUUAUUGAGAAAGCAGAACAUUUUAUCUAUAUUGAGAAUCAAUUUUUUAUAUCAGGCCUCGCAGGAGAUGAAUCAAUACGGAACCGUGUGUUAGAAGCACUCUACCGUCGGAUAAUGAGAGCCCACCGUGAAAAGAAGACGUUUCGGGUUAUUGUUGUCAUACCACUCUUACCUGGAUUUCAGGGGGGUCUGGAUGACAGCGGUGCAGCAUCGGUUAGAGCUAUAAUGCAUUGGCAGUAUCGAACUAUAUGCCGAGGACCAAAUUCCAUGAUGCAUAAUCUUUAUGAUCUUCUUGGUUCAAAAGUACAGGAGUAUAUAUCAUUUUAUGGCCUCAGAUCUUAUGGUAAACUCUUUGAUGGUGGUCCUGUAGCUACAAGCCAGGUGUACGUACAUAGUAAAAUUAUGAUUAUCGAUGAUUGUAUCGCUUUGAUUGGAUCGGCUAAUAUCAACGACAGGAGUUUACUCGGUUCUAGGGAUUCUGAGAUUGCUAUUGUUAUUGAAGAUAACGAACUCAUCAAUUCGUAUAUGGGAGAACAACCAUGGAAAGCAGGAAAGUUUUGCUGGAGUCUCCGCCUUUCUCUUUGGUCUGAACAUCUUGGUCUUCGUCCUGGACAGAUCGAUCAAAUAGUUGACCCAGUUGCUGAUUCAACCUACAAGGAUACGUGGAUGGCAACUGCUAAGACAAAUACAGCAAUAUACCAAGACGUUUUUUCUUGCCUACCGAGCGACCUCAUAAACUCCAGAGCUGGAUUGAGACAGAGCGUGGCGAUGUGGAAGGAGAAACUCGGGCACACAACAAUAGACUUAGGGAUUGCCCCAGAGAAGCUCGAGGUCUAUAAGAAUGGAGAAAUAGAAAAGAUUGAUCCAAUGGAGAGAUUAAGUUCAGUGAAAGGGCAUCUUGUUUCCUUCCCAUUGGAGUUCCUGAGCAAAGAAGAUUUAAGACCUGUGUUCAAUGAGAGUGAGUACUAUGCAUCUCAAGUUUUUCAUUAAAUCUUUUAUACAUAUUCCCCUGUUGUUGUUUUUGUUAGGCCAAAUUAAUUAAAUGUUGAAUUAUAUUACUUUAUUUCCCUUUUUUUUUUUUUUUUUUACAAAAAGAAAAAUAAGAAAGAGAGAAUAUGAAGGCUCGUGAUGAUAAUAGGACUUUUGUAAUAAUACUCAUUUAAUUAAUACAAACAUUCUUGUCCUAAUUUGGGCACUUAUACUAA